UUGCGGACCCCAACAAUGAUCCAGCCCCACCUGGACAUGAAGCCUUUUCUGCAGUUUCCCAUGGAGACCGCUCCUCCUCCACACAGCAUGAGCCUCUUCCACAACUUCAACGCGAUGGAUCCGGUGCAGAAGGCCGUAAUCAAUCACACCUUUGGAGUUCCACUGGUCAAGACCAAGCGGCCAGUCAUCUCCUGUAACGUCUGCCAGAUCCGCUUCAACUCAGAGAGCCAGGCAGAGGCCCACUACAAAGGAAACCGCCAUGCCAGGAGAGUCAAAGGCAUCGAGACCUCUAAAAGUCGUCCUCAGGACGGGGACAAGCCUCAUACUGUGCCCCCCACCACCUCCCCAUCUCCGCCAGGAGCCCCUGGUACUGCCCCUGACAGUGAGCCCAGCAAACAGGAUGAAACACGGCCUCUGUCACAGUUAAACGGGCCCCUGCUGGCCCCAGGGCCGCUUCCCCCUCUGGCCACCCCGCCUACCCCACCCAUGGACUCCCCUGUACCCUCAGUAUGCCCCCUCCUGCCAACGCCCACUCCUCCCCUGAUCCCCCCUUCCUCCUCCUCCCCAAGCUGCAGCAGUGGCAGCGCCAUCUCAGAGCAGCCUGGAUCUGUACCCCCAGUUUCAGGAGCCACUGGCCCUCAGGCCUCCAGCAGCCCGUCCAAUCCAGAGACAGAGGAGGACAAGGCUAAGAAGUUGCUGUACUGCUCAUUGUGCAAAGUGGCUGUCAAUUCCUUGUCACAACUGGAGGCUCACAACAAAGGUACCAAACACAAAACUAUCUUGGAGGCACGGAGCGGGCUGGGCCCUAUUAAGGCAUAUCCUCGUCUGGGCCCUAAGCCCAGUGGAGAGCAGGGAGGGGGGCCGGUGGACCCUAACACUCAGGAACGAACCUUCCACUGUGAGAUCUGCAAUGUGCGGGUCAACUCUGAACUGCAACUCAAACAGCACAUAUCAAGUCGAAGGCACCGGGACGGUAUGGCAGGCAAGCCUAACCCCCUCCUCAGUCGACACAAGAAGCACAGGGGAGCUGAUCUGACGUCUUCUUUGACCUUCUCAAAGGAUCUCACCAAAGCUUUGGGUGCAGGGCUGUUGCCCAACCCCUUGGCUGUUGCUGCAGCAAUGGCCGCUGCAGCUUCCUCGAACCAGCUGGCUCUCCGUGCAGCAGCUCCUGCGCCCCAUCCACACCAUCACCAUCAUCUAUUGCAAGGCCCGCCUCUCAGCCACGCCAUCCUGAGACCUGCUCCUGGGCCCAUCCGCACCACCCACGGGCCAAUUCUCUUCUCCCCUUACUGACACAUCCCCCUCUGA